UGUACUCCUAGAAUCCUUCCCGGGACUUCCAAUUGUACUAGUAGAAUCCUUCCCAGAACUUCCAGUUGUACUAGUAGAAUCCUUCCCGAAUCCCUGCCAGGACUUCCAAUUGCACUCGUAGAAUCCUUCCCAGGAUUUCCAAUUGCACUCGUAGAAUCCUUCCCAGGAUUUCCAAUUGUACUCGUAGAAUCCUUCCCAGGACUUCCAAUUGUACUCGUAGAAUCCCUGCCAGGACUUCCAAUUGCACUCCUAGAAUCCUUCCCGGGACUUCCAUUUGUACUCGUAGAAUCCUUCCCGGAACUUCCAAUUGUACUCGUAGAAUCCUUCCCGGGACUUCCAAUUGUACUCGUAGAAUCCUUCCCCGGGACUUCCAAUUGUACUCGUAGAAUCCUUCCCGGGACUUCCAGUUGUACUAAUAGAAUCCUUCCCGGGACUUCCAAUUGUAUUCGUAGAAUCCCUGCCAGGACUUCCAAUUGCACUCGUAGAAUCCUUCCCAGGAUUUCCAAUUGUACUCGUAGAAUCCUUCUCGGGACUUCCAAUUGUACUCGUAGAAUCCUUCCCAGGACUUCCAAUUGUACUGGUAGAAUCUCUGCCAGGACUUCCCAUUGUACUCGUAGAAUCCUUCUCAGGACUUCCAAUUGUACUCGUAGAAUCCUUCCCAGGACUUCCAAUUGUACUCGUAGAAUCUCUGCCAGGACUUCCAAUUGUACUCAUAGAAUCUCUGCCAGGACUUCCAAUUGUACUCGUAGAAUCUCUGCCAGGACUUCCAAUUGUACUCGUAGAAUCCUUCCCAGGACUUCCAAUUGUACUCGUAGAAUCCUUCCCAGGACUUUCAACUGUACUAGUAGAAUCCUUCCCGGGACUUCCAGUUUUACUAAUAGAAUCCUUCCCGGGACUUCCAAUUGUACUCGUAGAAUCCUUCGCGGGACUUCCAGUUGUAGUCGUAGAAUCCUUCCCAGGACUUCCAAUUGUACUUGUAGAAUCCUUCCCAGGACUUCCAAUGGGACUUGCUGA